AUGGGACUCAUCACCACAAGUAUCGCAUUGCUCUCGGCGGCAGCUCUUACCUCGGGAGCCGUCAUCGAAAGACAAACUUGUACUCUGCCAACCACGUACAAGUGGACACCAUCUCCCAAUGCACCACUUGCAACUCCUAAGAGCGGUUGGGACUCUGUAAAGGACUUCACUCACGUUCCCUACAACGGCAAGCACCUUGUGUACGCAUCCAACCAUGUCGGAGCCAACUACGGUUCCAUGAACUUCGGCACAUUCACAAACUGGGGUGACAUGGCAUCAGCCAGCCAGAACCAGAUGAACUUCGCUGCCGUCGCACCAACCCUAUUCCAGUUCACACCAAAGAACACCUGGGUCAUGGCCUACCAAUGGGGACCAACAGCAUUCUCAUACCGCACAUCCAGCGAUCCCACCAACGCGAACGGAUGGUCAGCAGCACAACCCCUGUUCUCCGGUUCCAUCAGCGGAGCAGCGUACGGACCAAUCGACCAAACCGUCAUCGGUGACAGCAAGAACAUGUACCUAUUCUUCGCCGGCGACAACGGCAAAAUCUACCGCUCCAGUAUGCCCAUCGGAAACUUCCCAGGUAGUUUCGGCACCGCAUCAACAGUCGUCCUAAGCGACACGGAGAGAAACCUCUUCGAGGCUGUUCAAGUCUACACCGUCAAGGGCCAGAACCUAUACCUCAUGAUCGUCGAGGCGCAAGGAAACAACGGACGGUACUUCCGCUCGUUCACAGCAACGAGUCUGGACGGUGCCUGGAAAGCGCAAAGUGGUCUUGAGAGCGCGCCGUUCGCUGGUAAGGCGAACAGCGGCGUCACCUGGUCCAACGAUAUCAGCCAUGGUGAUCUGAUUCGCAGUACCGCGGAUCAGACAUUCACUGUUGAUCCGUGUAACUUGCAGUUGCUGUUCCAGGGUUUGAAGCCAAACUCGGGCGCGGCUUAUGAUAAACUUCCUUACCGUCCGGGAUUGAUCACUCUUCAGCGCUAA